UCGAGGUCCCAGAGCAGAGCUAGGACGCGGGGUGCUUGCUGUUUCUGUUCUUCUGGGGUCUUCCCCAGAUUUGGGGGAGUUUUGAGGAUGAGUGGAACCGGGGCUCCCAUGCAGAGGGCGGCGAGAGGGAGGCGAGCAGGGAAAGCGGCCGAUGCUCCUGGCGGGCGGGCGCAGACUGAUACACCUCGGAAAGCCGGGAGCUUGAUCCACCAGCCCGAGAACCGGCUACUCCCUGCCUCCAGCUGCUUGGCUCCCGGAGACCGAGCUCGAUUGAGAGCCAGCAGACAUCACCCUUUCUUCCCACACCUAGCUGUUUGUUUGUUUCCGUUGCUCUUCCUUCUCCCUUCUGUGCUCUCCCUCCCGUGCCCCCGGUUCCUCCGAUCUGUAUUCUCUCCAGAGCCGCAAACGUCUUACUCCUUCCGCGGCCUCCAGAUCUCCUCCUUCGCCAACCGCAGCUGGACGCGCACGGACUUCCUCGCGUGGCUGGGGGAGCUGCAGCUCUAUACUUGGCGCAAUGAGUCGGACACCGUCGGCUUCCUGAAGCCUUGGUCUCAGGGCACAUUCAGCGAGCAGCAGUGGGAGCAGCUGCAGCAUACGCUUCAGGUUUAUCGCAGGAGCUUCACCAGGGACAUCUGGGAAUUCGUCAAAAUGCUGCACCUCGACUAUCCUCUUGAGAUCCAGAUAUCUGGAGGAUGUGACUUACUUCCGAGGAACACCUCCGAAAGCUUCUUACGUGCAGCAUUUCAAGGAAAGGAUGUCCUGAGUUUCCAAGGAAUGUCUUGGGUGCCAGCCCCAGAUGCCCCCCCUCGGAGCCAGGAGCUCUGCAAGAAGCUCAAUCAGGACCAAGGGACCAAGGAAACAGUGCACUGGCUCCUGCAUGAUGUCUGCCCAGAAUUGGUCAGAGGCCUCUUGCAGAUGGGGAAGUCUGAGCUGGAGAAGCAAGUGAAGCCGGAGGCCUGGCUGUCCAGUGGUCCCCCUCCCCGGCCUGGCCACCUGCGGCUGGUCUGCCACGUCUCAGGAUUCUACCCAAAACCCGUGCGGGUGACGUGGGUGAGGGGCGAGCAGGAGGAGCCUGGCACUCAGCAAGGAGACGUCAUGCCCAACGCCGACUCGACUUGGUAUCUGCGAGUAACCCUGGAUGUGGAGGCUGCGGAGGCGGCUGGCCUGAGCUGCCGAGUGAAGCACAGCAGCCUGGGAGACCAGGACAUCAUCCUGUACUGGGAUGGGAACCGUUUCUCCACGGGCUUGAUUGUCGUCCUGGUAAUACUGGUGGUGUUCAUCCUUCUGGUUGUUGGAGGCUUAGUCUUCUGGUUUAGGAAGCACCGCCACUAUCAAGAUAUCUCGUGACUCUCCUCACCACAACUGUCUGUCUGGACUUCAGGAUCUCAGGGCUGUAGCCCUCAGAAUUUGAAGGGGAAAGAGAGCUACCUUGAAGAAGCCCAGUACAGGCAGCUCUUGUCACACACUUUGAACAUUUUAUCUAAGAGGAUUUAAGUUUGUUUGUUUUUCUUUUAGUAUACUACAAGUGUAUAUGUCCAAGUAGUUAUGUAAAAAACAGAAGUGCACACUCAGAUAACUCUCAGGGACAAGCAGAUAAAGGCUGCAGUGUAACUGUGUGUCGUCAUUAUUUGAAUGCUGGAAUAUGCUGUCAACUGGAAGAUGCUUUUUGUGUUCCAAGGAAGCAAGUCCAACUGUUCCUUGUGAAGUAUAAAGUAAGACCCUAGCUUGGCUGUAAGCCAGAUUUUUUCAAGGAAAAUGGAAGUCUACCAUUACAUGUGAACAAGCCUAUAUAACGUGUUGACAGAAACCUUUACAAUAUUUUGGGUGUUGUUCAGUUGCUCAGUCGUGUCUGACUCUUUGUGACCCCAUCAGUUCAGUUCAGUUGCUCAGCAUACCAGGCUUUCCUGUCCUUCUCCAUCUUCUGGAGCUUACUCAAACUCAUGUCCAUUGAGUCAGUGAUGCCAUCCAACCAUCUCCUGCUCUGUCGUCCCCUUCUCCUGCCUUCGAUCUUUCCUCCCAUCAGGGUUUUUUUUCUAA